UGUGUCAUGAAAAUCUCAGCAAAAGAAAGGUUACAGUCUUUUUUUUUUUUUUUACCGUUUCUUCAGGUACUACAGCGCCACCAUCUUGCAGAUGUCGGGGGUGCGUGAUGACAGGCUGGCAAUCUGGUUGGCAGGGCUCACCACCCUCACCAACUUCCUGUUCACCCUCCUGGGGGUGUGGCUUGUGGAGAGGGUGGGCCGCAGGAAGCUGACUUUGGGCAGCAUUAUAGGUACAUGUUUGAGUUUAAGUCUGCUGGCCGUAGGUUUUCUCAUGUCUGCUCAGCACAGUCCCCCGGUUACUGUCCACCCUCUGGACCCGGUCAUGGCUAACUCCACCUGCUCCAAGUACCAAAUGUGCGAGCCAUGCAUGCUGGACCCUCGCUGUGGUUUCUGUUACCGUGAGAACGGCUCGACUCUCCUGGCCUCCUCCUGCGUGCCGGUCAAUAAGGCCACCACCGAACGAGGGGCGUGGGGCAGAUGUUCAAACUCUACCCUCAUGAGAGAUCAGACCUACUGGGCCUAUAACUACUGUCCCACCUCAUUUUCUUGGCUGGUUUUGUUGGGGCUGGUGCUCUACCUGGCUGCUUUUGCUCCAGGCAUGGGACCAAUGCCAUGGACCAUUAACUCAGAGAUCUAUCCCUUAUGGGCGAGGAGCACAGGGAACGCCUGCGCUGCUGGAGUCAACUGGACCUUCAACAUCUUGGUGUCUUUCACCUUCCUCCAUUUGGCUCAGUACCUCACCUACUAUGGAGCUUUUUUCCUGUACUCCAGCAUGGCCCUGCUGGGUUUCUUCUUCAUCUAUGGCUGCCUGCCAGAAACCAAAGCGCGGCGCCUGGAGGAGAUCGAGGCGUUGUUUGAAAACCAGCUCUGCUCAUGCGGUGCCUCUGACUCAGACGAGGGGCGGCAGGUCGAGUACAUCCGCGUCAAAGGCUCCAAUUACCAUCUGUCGGACAACGACGCGUCGGACGUGGACUAGGAGCGUGUCGUUGACCCCGCUCCGGGUCUUUUGGCAAUCUCCGUAACACGCAAAAGCGAUCUGGUCUGUAAUAUUCAUUAACACUCAUUUUGUGAUCCGUGGAGCCAAACAGACCUUGAUCAGGAAGCGAGACAGUUUCCCCGCAAACUGAAUGCAGAAUAUUCCGGUACAGCUUUGUUCCUGUUUAAAAAAGAAAAGAAAAAAAAAAAAAAGAGGUGCGGUACACUUGUCGUUUGGAUACCAGGUUUGUGCAUCCACAUCACCUUAGCUGACCUGAGAGCUGUUGUCGUGACUUGUUGUAUCUCCGUAGUGCCGUUAUGCCUUUCAGUAUGAGAUACGUUUCAGGUUAGUGUUCCGGCUUGUAGCAUCGCGCGGUAAUGUUAGCUCCCCCUAGAUGAGAUUUCCCCCCUCCCUCCUACACCUUCCAAGUUUGUGGAUGGUCUUGACCUUCUAAUGAAAAACAAUCAACAGACAUGCACAAUUUUACACCUGAGCAAACUCGUACUGUUAGUGCUUGACUAACAAAAGCCCCAGUUGGGAGCACUGGAAGGAUUAUACGUUUUGUUGCUGAAGUUUUCAUCCUGUGGCUUUCACGGUUGUUUUGAUUUUAGGUUUUUAAGUUUCUCAUCUAUAAGAAAAUGCAGCUUUUUAGCACAAUGCCAAGAGUCUAACCCUACUGCCACAAGAUGUGCCAAUAAAUCCCCUCAUAAACCACUGCUCAGAGGAACUGCUUACUGGACGCAUUGUAAAUGUAUGACAUUCUGAUGAAGGAGUCAAGUAAAACUCUCAUUAGUGCCUGUGUAAUGUGCCUAAUGCCCAUUUUUGUUGCAUUUCCCGCAUGUCUAAAUGGCUCCUUCAAGUUCUAAUGUUUUUUUUUUGUCUUCCUUCAUAGCCUUAUGUACAAACUAGAGGAGACUUUGGUUUCAGUCUGGCUUUAAUGUAAUUUAGCGAUGUUUUGUAACAACCGAUGUGUAGUUGCUGCGUGACUCCACCAAGGUCCCUGUGUAGCAAAAAUCGUUGAAGUAAAAAAGAACAAAGCUGUUACAAUAACAUGUAAAUAAAGUAAAUAUGCUGCAACAGUGCCCAAAUAAACAUGGAUCCAGGAUAAUUCAUGUCUUUAUCCAUAAAAAUGUAUCUCAGUUUAAAUAAACCAUGAACUCCCAAGCUACAUCGAUUAUUAAGAUACAUUUUUAAUUUAUUGUCAAAGUGACACCAGCAUGCAUUUAGAACUGGGAGACUAGUAUAAAAGCAAGUGGUAUUGUCAACCUGUUUCUGAGGAAAAACAAUAU